CGCCCACAUUAAAGCCCGAGCAGCGUCCGCAUCCGCGUCCGCACCCGCGCACCGGCGUCCUCGGUCAGCUAGGAGAUCCAGGAGCAUGAGCAGGACUCUGUGCAGCGGGAGCAGAUGUCAGGGUACAAGCGCAUGCGGCGGCAGCAUCAGAAGCAGCUGAUCGCCCUGGAAAACAAGCUAAAGGCUGAAAUGGAUGAGCACAAGCUUCGGCUGCAGAAGGAAUUGGAGACCCAGGCUAACAACACUUACAUCGAACUGGAACGGCUGGCCAAGAAGCAGGCCACCCACUUGGAGAAGGAGAUGAAGGCUAUAGCCACAGAGGAAAAAAGAAUCCAGCAACAAAUCUUGGUCCAACAGAAGAAGGAACUGACCACCUUCUUGGACACACAAAAAAAGCAGUACAGGUUGUGCCGAGACCAGAUAAAGGAGGAGAUGAAUGAAGACACAAGCACACCAAAGGAGGAGAAACAAGAGCGGUUGUCACGUCACAAGGAGACAAUGCAGCGUUCACAGGCCGAGGAGGAGGCGCAUCUGCUCAACCAGCAGAGACUUGUCUACGAGAGGAGCUGUCGCGCUUUGAAGAGACGAAGCCUCAUAAAAAAACAUGAGUUCGAGCAGGAGCAGAUUCGAGAGGAGCUAAACAAGAAGAAACUGCAGAAGGAGAUGGAGCAGGCGCUUUUGAUAAGACAUGACGAGUCCACGCAGGAACUGGAGCGACGACAGUUGGAGUGUCUGCAGAGACUUCGUAUGGAGCUAAUCAGACUGCAACACCACACCGAGCUGGAAAACCAGGAGGAAUACAACAACCGACGCCAGAGAGAACUGCACAGGAAACAUGCACUGGAGCGCCGGCAGCAGCCCAAAAAUCUCAAGGCGUUGGAGAUGCAGAUCAAAAAGCAAUUCCAGGAUACCUGUAAGGUUCAGAAUAAGCAGUACAAAGCUCUGAGAAACCAUCAGCUUGAAGUCUCGCCCAAGGGUGACCACAAAACUCUGCUGAAGUUUCUAAAGGAGGAGCAGACGCGCAAACUUGGAGUGUUGGCCGAGCAGUAUGAGCAAAGCAUUAACGACAUGAUGGCCUCGCAAGCGUUACGUCUGGAUGCUGAGCAGGAGGCUGAAUGCCAGGCUUUAAGGCGACAGUUGCAGCAGGAAAUGGAGCUUUUGGAUGCCUACCAAAGCAAGACAAAGGCACAGGCCGAAGAUCAGUAUGAGCAUGACAUGCAGAAGCUGGAGCAGAAGGCGUCCUUGCGCAGGGCUCACCUGGAACAGAAAAUCGAAGAGGAGCUGACUUCACUACAGAAAGAGCGGACAGAAAAAAUCAAGAAUUUAUUUGAAAGGCAGGAGCGAGAGCUGGAGAUGUUUGAUGCUGAGAGCGCCCGAUUGGGAUUCGGAAGCUUGGCCUCCUUCGAUUUUCCCAAGGAGGACGACAGAUGAUUGAACCCAGGCCGGAGAGACUGUUUGAUGCUGAUGUCUCUGGACACAUUGUGCCUGUACUGUCCCUGACUUUUGGAUUUUACCAAGAUCACCUUUACAGUGAACAUGCUGGAUCAGUCUUUUACUUAUAUCCUGGCUGGGAAACUUCUCUGAAAGGACAUAAAAUGCAGCCGAAACAGAUGAUCUAACUGAAUGAGCUAAAGAAGAACAGACUUUUUUUCUCCUUGCCCUCAACCCACUUUUGGUAUUAAAUCAGUAAUUCAGGAUAUUUUAGUACAAGUAAGCACUUUGAUAUGUUUAAGUAUGAACCCUACAUGUAAAGUGAACAUAUUGUGCGAAAAUGCCUUUGGUCUAAUCAAAGGACAUUGCGACUGUAGAAUGUGUCCUCCGUCUUCACCGUGGCUAUUAGCUGUUUUUGUCUUUGUUUCUCACAGCGAAUGUGAACACUGUCGACCAGAGCUGUAUGCAAAGGCAGGUUUUAACACAGUGUCUGAUUUUAAAAUAUAGUGACUAUAUUGAAAGCAUUCAAUUAAUUUCAUAUCGUAGUAGAAAACACACCAGUUUUUAAAAAGGCUUAAAAAAAUAAACAACUAGGCGCUAUAAUUUUCAUCGUUAAGUAUCCUAAAUUAAUUGGCAUUAGUUUUUGAUCAGGGUGUUUAUUACAAUGAAUCAAUUCUGUCAGAUUCCUUCCUGGUAUUAUUGCAUGCACUUUAAAAGACAAAUUCAGGUCGUGAAGUGGAGCAUGGAUCUGUCAGAGAUUUUAGCUGUCUGUAAAUAAAAAGUGGUCCAUAGCAGUUUUGUUUCAUGGCUAUUGAUACUAAACAUAAGCUUUAUCUUUGAGAGAUUGCCAAAUUGCCAAAUGCCUUUAAGUUGUGUUGAAUGUUUUUCAUUUAUUUAUUUAUUCAUUUAUCUCUUUUGAUCAGGCGACUUUAUUGUUUGUUGCAUUGUGAAUCAUUUAGUGUGGCGUUAUUCUUGCUCUUGUACAGGGAAUAAAUGGUGCGAUUUGUGUUGUACAAAUUUUAUAUAAAUAUUUGUAAAUGAUAACCUAAAUAGCAGUUUACACAUGUUUUGAUCGGUCUUUGCCAACAGAAAUAUAAGGAAUCUCAUUUAGUGGUUGGUGGUGAUGAACGGCAAACUAUUUUUGUAAGCAAAACAGAGAGAUUUGCCAGUUUCACUUGUAAUCUGACAGCAUAGUGUAAUGUCUUAUAGUGGGGUUCUUUCUGGCAGGAUUCAUGGCUAGCUGGCAUCUAAGUAAGCAACAACUAAAAUAAAAUUAACUUCUUUAAAAAAAAGUGGCAAUUGUGGGGCCAGGACAUUUAGUAUCUUUUUAAGCCCUAAAGAUUCAUAUCUUUUUUAAAACUACUGGCACCACUCUAUGCAUACCUGGCACAGAACAGGUUGUGGAUCUCAAACUAAGGGGUGCCAUUUAGUUUCGUAUUUUGUGACUGUCGUUACAGGCCUGUUUUAGAACAAAGCCAUUGUUGAAACUGCCAUUGCACAAGUGAACUGAUGUUUUAACGAAUAAACUCAAUGAAGUUUUGGUUGGCUAUUGAUAUGUGAUGAAAAUAUAAGUAUGUUUUUUUUGUUUUGUUUGAUUUUUUUUUUUUUGCCAUUUCAGGCUAUAAAGAGAUUAAGAACAUAGUGAGUGCAAUAAAACAAUAUCUACCCAUUC